CACUUUCCGAAAGAAGCUACGAGCCUGUGAGCCCAAGAAUCACGCAAUGGAGACAGCGCGUGAAUUGAUUGCGGAGUAUAGUUUUCCCGGCCGUGCAGCGUAGCCAACGUCAUUUCUUUGGCUUUCCUCCUCAAUCACCCCUUACAGACUCCGGACCCCUCCCCUCCGCCGCGGAACCGAACCUCUCUUUCUCUCUUUCGUUCUCUCUCUCUCUAUAUAUAAUAUAUAUAUACACGUCCAUAUAUGUCUCUGUAUUGUUCUCUCAGGUCUUGCGAUUCAGUUGGAGAAGUGGGGAAAUUUGCGAACAUCGAAGCCCUAACUCUCUCUCUUUUCUGUAUCUUGAUCCAGAUAGAAAAGUAAACCCUAGCGUUGAAAUCGUUAAGAUCAGAUUACGAGAGAAAUAGGAAAGAAAACCUACGAAUUUCCUCUUGCACGGGUGUUGUUGAAGGUUGAGUUUGUGGUUUCAGAUUUCGUAAACGUUAUUGUUGAAUUCGAGAUCAUCGUAAGGAUGCGUAUGUUUGAGGUCGGAUUUCGAUGAAUGUCGUUGUGAAUGAUAUUUUUUAUGGAGUGGAGCUAGGAUUGAUUGAGUAUUGGUAUGGUUUUCGCGAUUUCCUUGUAGAUUGAGCUCGAUCAAGUGGAUUAGGUUUAUUCGAAAUCUGUAGCUUUGCUAUUGCUUUUGCGCUAUUAUAUCAUUCGUAUUCUGUUGUUUUCAAUGGCGGUCGUAGUAUGAACUAACGAGCCGGUGACUGGAAUUUGACGUUACAUAAUUGCCUUUGGGUACGAUUCCGUGAAAAUAUUGUUUAUUUGUAUCUCCAGGGGUUAAUUAGGGAUUUCCGGGAUAAUAUUGCUUGCUAUGACUAAGAGAUGAUGUUUUUUGGUAAUGAAUACGAGUAGAUAGAUUGUUGGUAGUGGUGGACAAUUAUCAGUUCAGGGGUCUGCUUGUAUUAGCUGGUUCUGGAAAGUAAUCUCAAAUCUCUCAGAAUGAGCUUAGAUAAUGAAGAUCCAAGUCUCCCAGAAGAAUCCUCCAGUAUACAUAGCCAGAAGCAUUCAAAAAUAUCUUAUACACGAGAGUUCCUUUUCUCCUUGAGUGAAUUGGAGAUAUGUAAAGAGUCCUCCAGUAUACAUAGCGAGAAGCAUUCAAAAAUAUCUUAUACACGGGAGUUCCUUUUGUCCUUGAGUGAAUUGGAGAUAUGUAAGAAGCUACCAAGUGGGAUUGAGCCAGCACUUCCGAGUGAGCUCGAUAGUACUCCAUAUGACGAACCAGAUCGCCAAAGAAUCUCUGCUGCUGCGCCUCCUUUACAAGGCUUCAGACGCAAUGAUUAUGGUUCAUCUCCUCCUACUAGAGUGAUUUAUGGAAGAUGGGAAAACCGUUUCUCUGCACGAAGUGAUCUGGAAAGCGAUACACAAUCUGCUCGGGAUUCAGAAUCUGUUAGGCGCCAUGGAAAUCAACCCCGGCGGUCUUGGCAGACUCCUGAGCAUGAUGGACUUCUUGGAAGCGGUUCAUUUCCAAGACCAUCUGUAUAUGCGUCUGGAAUACCUGCGUCAAAAACGCGGGGAAAUGAUCAUUAUCAACUUAGCAAGAGCAAUGAGCCUUAUCAUCCUCCCCGCCCUUACAAGGCAGGACCUCAAUCUCGCAGAGAUGCUAGUGAUUCGUAUAACAAUGAGACAUUUGGUUCAGUUGAAUGUGCAAGUGAGGAUAGAGUGGAAGAGGAAAGGAGGAGGAGAGCAUCUUUUGAGUUAAUGAGGAAGGAACAGCAUAAGGCUUCCCUUCAAAAGAAGCAGUAUUUGAAUCUGGAUAAACCUGAAUCUGAAUCUGUCACAGACUCAGAUAUGUCUGCAUUGGCAGAUGAUGUUAAAGAGAAAAGCAGGCUUUUAGACAGAAGAAAGGAAUUGGAUGUGUCUACAACUUUACCUGAUACUGAUAAUGAUUCUGGGAAAUCUUCUUUUCCUUCACAAACUUCAGCAUCAAGACCACUUAUACCUCCUGGUUUUAGAAGCACUCUCUUGGAUAAGGACUCUGGCCUUAAAGCUGUGAUUCAACCUCCUUUGAAACAGGCAGGGAAACCUGAAAGUGAGGAAAGCCUGUUGCAUUCUGGCGUGGACAACCCUGUCCAAAAUGUCUUUUUUGAUGGCUUAGAAAGACAGUCAUCUCAGUCAUCCCAAGAACUUUGCCCAAGUGAUCAACAACUUGAUGAUAGGAGUAUACAUCUACCAUUUUUGAAGAAGGGCAAUCAGAUAGAUGCUUCUAAUAAAAAACCUUGCUUGGAUGAUAACUUAAAUCCUCCUUCCAGUAUUUUGGAAACCCAAAAACUCAUGGAAGGUCCUGAAGUUAUUGAACUUAGUGCUGGGUUGUCACAGGAAAAAAUUGAAGUGGAAUCUGACCUGAACCAAUCAACAUCCAUAUUGGAUCAAAUUUUUGGAAGUGCUAUAUCAAUGACUGUUGGGGAAUCUGAGCACCAAGAUACAAAACGUGAUGAUAAAUGGAGCCCUAGAACUAAUCAAUCUUCGAAGUUUGCACAUUGGUUCUGUGAAGAAGAAGAAACCAAGGCAAAAGAUAAUUCCUUUUCUAGGCCAAAUGAUUUACUUGCAUUAAUCGCUGGUGGUGAUAACAGCAGAUCACAAGCUCGUGAUGAGAAAUCUACUGAGAACAUUUUGUCUAAUGCACUAGCUGCAACAAUUGAGGUUUCAGAACCACUGUAUGCAUCUAGUAAAGACACUGCAUCCCCCACUAUCCUUACUUGUGAGGAUCUUGAGCAGACAAUUUUGUCUGAGUAUAGUGAAAAUGGUCCAAAUUUGCAAUCACUGUUGCCAGGUUGGAGUACAAAUUCUAAGCCCGAAGAACAAAGAGAGCGUGUUGAUGAUCGUGCAUCUCAACACCUGCUUUCUUUGUUACAGAAAGGACCAGAUCUUGGGAUUAAGAUUCAUCUGUCUAAUAUGGACACUGAUUCAGUGGGUUCACAUGAAAAUUUUACAGAAGAUAACAAGCCUAUGGAAGAUGAAAGUACUCUUGGUAAAGCAAUUACUCUUGAAACACUCUUUGGCACUGCUUUUAUGAACGAGUUACAAUCAAUGCAAGCUCCUGUUUCUAUCCAAAGGGGUGGCUCGGUUGCGUCUGUACAGUCUGAUGGCUUGGAAUCUCAAAGGUCAUUGCCUGUUCCAAAUGAUGGGUUUUUCCCUUCAACAAUUGGUGGUGUGGGAGGAUCUAAAAUGAUGAGCAAUGACAACAUCAUGGUUGAUACAGAGCAAACUAAGCGGCUUGAUAAGGCUGAAAGAUGGUUAGGUUUUGAUGAUCCUCUAACUAAACUGCACUCAAAGCACUUGACUGAUAGGUCGUACAAAAAUGGUGACUUUGAUGGAGUGAUAGGAUUUCAGCUGCCUGAAGAUGAGAACUUGUUUAGCGGUGGCAAUCCAGUGAACAUGGCUGAUGGAAAUUUGAAUAAGGGGAUGGUAGAGCAACUGGCCUCUGUUCAUGCAGCUCCUAGUAAUCAAAGGACUAUGGUCGGUCCAGGAGGACUGUCAUUUUUGCAUGGUCCCCGUGAUCAGGUGGAGCCUGAGAUGUUUCACAAUCUUCCUGCUCAGCCAUCAUCUUCCCUAUUUCAUCCCAUGCAAAUGAGUCAAGGGAGACCAUUAGUUCAUCCAUUUGAGACACUUCCUGCUCACUCGACUUCUCAGAUGAAGUUUGUGGGUCCAGAGAUUAUGACUCAUAUUGACACUCCAAGUCACCAAUUUUCUGGAAACAUGAUGCAUCCUCCAUUUCAUCGCCCCAAUCCUGCAGUAACUGGGUUUGAUCUUCCUACUCAGCAUCCUAUGAUGCAGCAACAGAUGCAAAUGCCAGGCAAUUAUCACCAUAUGCAACAAGACCGUCUGAGGAAUGCUCCAUUUCCUCCACAUCCUGGCAAUCAGCCUGCUGCUGCUUUUCUGCAGGAACCAAACCCGAUGCAAGUAUUACCCUUUGGGCCACGACCACAUCGUCAACCAAACAUCAAUGGAUUUGGGAUUCCAAUGCCAGUUGAUAUUAACCGUGGAAGUAAUCAACCUGAAGCAAUCCAGAAACUUCUGGAAAUGGAAGUCAGGGCAAAACAGAUGCACCCUUUUGCUGCAGGUAAUAGCCAAGGAAUGUAUGGUCAUGAGCUUGAUAUGGGACUGCGAUAUAGAUAGUUUGAUUGGAACUAGUAAUGCUGAUGGUACUCAGGUGUAUACUAUUUGAUCAUGUGGCAUUUAGAUGUGAACAGUAGCAUAACUUCAGUUUUCAUGUCUGGAAAAUGGAUGCCUAUAGAGAGAAAGCAAGUGGAAGAAAAGUUAAGUUGUAGUGACAUUUCUGGCUAGCUGGCGUGUGCUUCAUCUGCCAUUUUAUGUUUUCCCCUGUUUCUUCUGUUGAACUCUCUUCCUUUUGUUAUAAAAAGUUCUUUUGAUGAUUUU